AUGACUGAACCAACAAAUCUUGAUAAAUCAUCCAGCCAAAGAUUAUUAACGGCUAAUAUUAAUAUUGAUAAUUUUCAGAGUGAAAAGAUUUUAAAUGAUCGAUCUGAUUUACCUGUUAAUGAUAACAAAAUUUCAGAUCAAGAAGAAUUAGUUAUUAUUGAUGAAGUUGAAGCAGAAAUUAUAUUGGAUUCAUCUAAUGAAAAUAGAGCACUUAUAUCAAUAAUUAAAUUAGGAAUUUCAACUGAAUCAACUACGUGGUUUUGUGAAGAUUGCAUCGACAUGCAUGAAGAAGAAGAACAAUAG